AUGGCCAAUGUAUCCCAAGCCCAAAGAACUUUCUGUUGCGGCAAGCAUCAACGUCACAAAGUGACCCAGUAUAAGAAGGUCAAGGAUUCCCUGUACACACAAGGAAAGAGGCGCUAUGGUGGGAAGCAGAGUGGCUACGGUGGGCAGACAAAGCCAAUUUUCAGGAAGAAGGCUAAACCCACAAAGAUCAUGCUGAGGCUUGAAUGUGUUGAGCCUAAUUGUAGGUCCAAGAGGAUGCUGGCCAUUAAAAGAUGCAAGCAUCCUGAACUGGGAGGUGAGAAGAGAAAAAGGGCCAAGUGA